CCACAAGGGAUCUUUGCUGGGCUGUAAGUCUCAUGAUUUCAUGUAAUUUGAGUGUGUCUCUGAGAUUUCGGACAUAGGUUGAGGGGAUAUUUGUGCAUUAUCCCUUUAUUAUAUAUGCAGGUUUAAUGUUCUUGUACCAGAAAGCGAGAAUUCUCAUCUAGGACAAUUUGGAACUACCGUAGUCAAUGCUAACUGUAUCGGAUGUGGAGAGUUAAUCGGGUGGAAAAUUAUUGCAGUCACCCGACAGAACAUGUAUGUUAGAGAAGGAAGAUUCUUUAUGAACUUGGACAAGCUUAGUUUAUGGAAUGAUGUACCGUUGCUUCAUUUAAAUGGGCUACAAGAUUUAGGCGUUAAUGAGGAAAAUGCAGAUCAACAUGGAGACCCCAAUGAACAAAAUGUUGAUCAAGAUGGAGACACUAAUGAGCAAAAUGUUGAUCAAGAUGGGGACACUAAUGAACAUGCUCCUAAUGAACAAGGGGGCGCUAAUAAGCAAAAUGCUGAUCAAGACAAAGACACAAAUGAAGAUGUGGGGAUUAAUCAGUAUACUUUUACUGAUCUCUUGAUGCAUUUCAUCUGUCAAAAUGCUAAUCAGGGUGGAGGAGGCGGUAAUGAACAAAAUUAUGAUCAAGAUGGAAGCGGUAAUGAACAGGUUCAUAAUGAACAAGAUGUGGGCACUAAUGAGAAAAGUGCUGAUCAAGAUGGAGACACAACUGAUGGGGAUGCUAAUGAUCAAGAUAGAGAUGCUACUGAUGGAGACGUUAAUGAGCAAAAUGUUGAUCAAGAUGGAGACACUAAUGAACACGCUCCUAAUGAACAAGGGGUCGCUAAUGAGCAAAAUGUUGAUCAAGACAAAGACACAAAUGAAGAUGUGGGGAUUAAUCAGUAUAAUUUUACAAAUCUCUUGAUGCAUUUCAUCUGUCAAAGUGCUAAUCAGGGUGAAGGAGGCGGUAAUGAACAGAAUCGUGAUCAAGAUGGAGGUGGUAAUGAACAGGUUAAUAAAGAACAAGACGUGGGCGCUAAUGAGAAAAGUGCUGAUCAAGAUGGAGACUCAACUGAUCAAGAUGCAGAGACAACUGAUCGAGAUGGAGAUGAUGCAACUGAUCAAGAUGGAGAUGCUACUGAUUGAGAUGGAGGUGCUCCCAAUGAUCUGAAUGAAGAUAUAAACCAACUAAUCUACUGGAAUUUGCAAAGCCACACAGAAGGAGGUCAUCUUGAUUUCGUGUUUUCUCCCCUUCAUCUGAAAUCUGUGAAAUUGAACAAAUGUAAUUCGUUUCUUCCUUUUUUUCAAGAGGCUAUUGCAAUGUAGAUAUAUACAAUUGAUGUCAUUUUGUCAAGAUGUUCUUAUUGAAACGAUCCUCAAAAUUUUAAUCAAGUGUGUUAGACAAUCGUGAUAACCACAUAACUUCUCUUCCACAAUCUCAUGUGAAUUUACUUUACUAUAUCUAAUAGUAAUUGAUCUAGUUACACGAAUUCUCCUGAUAUUUUCGAUCUUGGUUUAUAACUUCUGUUGAGACCAAAAGCCUCAUUAACACAAAUUGUUUCACACCAAAAGUAAUUUAAAAAAAGAUGAUGCUUUUAGAUAUUAGUUGAUUUAUAAUGUUUGGCCAGAUACAUCUAUAAGUCCAAUGGUAUCAUUACUUCAAGAUGAGAAAUCAUUUAUGCUUGCAUAUAGUAACCAAGAACAGGGUCACAAGAUACAGAGAUGGAAACAAAAAAGCUCGAGUUUUGCAACAAGUUUACUGUUUGCUUUAUAUUAUUCAUUUCACAGGAGUUAAACCAUGAUGAAGACCUAAUGUGAUAUGAGUGAUAAAAUUAACUAAAAUUUCAGAUGUAGUCAUAUCUCUUGCUCAACUCAGCAAAUAAACUUCAUUACACAACAUAUGCAAUUCAAAAUCCACAAUCAAGAAAAGACGUAAUUAGCUGCAAAUACACGAUGUAAUUUCUGGAAAGGUGAACUUGAUUCCUUGAAUAUUAACAAAAUAUAGAGCUUACGAACAAGAUCCAAAACAAGGCUACAGAGAAUUAAAAUUCACAGCAGUCACAAAAGCUAUGUAAAUUAAAA